AUGGAUGUUCCUGAGCCCGACCAGUCGCCUUUCACGGCCAUGACCGCGCACACCUCUAAAUUGACCCGGCAAUACCAAGCCUAUCUCGAUGCCUCGACCCCAUACACAACCUACCGCUGGGUAGGCUCCGGUGUUCUCCUGUUCUUGUUCUUCCUGCGCAUUGUCUUCGCGCAGGGCUGGUACAUCGUCGCUUACACACUCGGAAUUUACCUUCUGAACCUCUUCCUCGCCUUCCUGACUCCCAAGUUCGAUCCCUCCCUCACCCAGGACGAGGGCCUCGAGGACGGUGACGCGGGCUCCCCCAGCCUCCCCACCAAGAAGGACGAGGAGUUCCGACCUUUCAUUCGCCGCCUACCGGAGUUCAAGUUCUGGCACUCGGCUACCCAGGCUAUCACCAUUGGCUUUGUCUGCUGCUGGUUCUCCGUCUUCGAUAUUCCCGUCUUCUGGCCCGUGCUGGUUGUUUACUGGAUUAUCCUCUUUGUGCUGACGAUGCGACGACAAAUCCAGCACAUGAUCAAGUACCGCUACGUGCCUUUCUCUUUUGGAAAGACACGCAUGAGUAUGAACACGAACAUGAACAUGGCAUCAACCUUCUCGUCCUCCACAACAAUCACAGUCCUCUUCACCGGUUGGACAACCUCAACCCCAACCCAAUACAUCCUCGCCCUACUCCUCUUCUUCCUCCUCGCAAUCUUCAACCGUUUCCUCGGGACACUAAAGUUCCAACUCGAGCAAUCAUGGUCCCAACCCAGUCUCGUCCCGCCAACUCUGAAGCUUACGGCCAUGCAUUCACGACGCAACACCCACAAAGCAAAGCUCAGCCCACUAACCACCUACAUGCGCGUCAACGGAGGCGAGAAUGAAGAUAUCGAUAUCGAGGAGACACUACCGGUUGCUUACAACGAUGAUCAGUCGGGACAUUCGACUACCCAUCUCCUUGACAGAGGUGCUUUGCAGAGGAUGUGGUCUUGUAACUGGGGUCUUCCUUCCUGGAGGGCCAGUGGAAGAUGGUCUCUUCGGAUGGACGGAGUACGGGGAUUGCUUGAGCUUACUCGGGCUUUGAUUGGGUAUCUUCUGAUGCUGGGUGUCAUGAGCUUCAACCCUGGCGUGUUCGUUACUGUCUUGCUGGGGGCUUUGUGUGGGGAGAUGCUGCUUGGGAGAUUCUCUCGUGGUAUGACUGGGUGGCAGGAGGGCUCUUGCCAUGGAUCUUGA